AUGUCGCCCAAAGUAAAUGGCUGCCCCCCAGGGUGGCCCGGACCUCCGCCUAUCGCAAUCUUCCGAGCCCAACCCGCACGCUUUGGGGGAUCGGCUUCAGCUGGAGCGCACAUCAAGGCGAUGAGCUUCCCACCACCCCAUUCCGGUCAAUACCCGCAGUAUAUACCCCCGCAGUAUCAAACAGGGCAGGGACAAGGUCCGCCGCCGCAGUUGCUCUACAGCAAUGCCGGCACUCCGUCACCCGCGCCAUACAAUGGCUACAACAAACCGCCAAUCUACCCCCAGGGGAUGAUGCCCUACCCUGCCUAUCCACAAUACCCUCAGCAUCCGCAGCAUCCUGUCCAACACCCGGCACCAAAUUCCCUUCCGCAGUUGCAGCAAUCUCCCCUCAUCCACCACCAGCAACAGCAACAGCAAUUGCCGCAACAGCAGAUGCAGCAGCAGCCGCCUCAACUUCCGCAGUUACAUCAACAGUCCCCUCGUCCUCAAAUGAUACAGCAACCUUCGCGCCCUCAAAUACAACAUCAACAAUCCCCGCGCCCCCAAAUGCAGCAAUCUCCGCAUGCCCAAAUCCAACAGCAACCCCAGCUUUCUCAAAUCCAACAACAAUCCCCACGCCUUCAGGUGCAGCAGCAGCAGCAGCAAUCGCCACGUCUUCAGGUACAGCAAUCCCCGCGUGCCCAAAUACAACAAAUCCAACAGCAACCCCAACUUGCUCAAAUCCAACAACAAUCCCCACGACUUCAGGUGCAACAAUCUCCGCGUGCCCAGAUCCAACAGCAACCCCAGCUUUCUCAAAUCCAACAACAAUCCCCGAGCCUUCAGGUGCAGCAACAGCAAUCGCCACGUCCUCAGGUACAGCAAUCCCCGCGUGCCCAAAUCCAACAGCAAUCACCACGGCCCCAAGUCCAACGACCGUCGCACCCUCAAGCCCAGCAGCAAUCGCCACGACCGCAGCUGCAACAAUCUCCGCUUCCCCAAUUUAAACAGCAACCCCAAAUUCCUCAAAUACAUCAGCAAUCUCCGCGCCCACAACCAGAGCAGUAUUCCGCCGGUCCAAUCUCCCAAGGCCAAGUCUCCAUUGUACAGGAUCCACCUAUCCUUGCUCCGCAACCUGUGAACCCAGUGCCUCGAGCACCUCCGUCUCUUCCACAGGAGGUCCCGCAACAGCAUCAGUUCAUUAACCCGGCUGAACUCUUCGUCCAGACCCCACUGCCAACCGCGCCACGGUCACGGUACCCCUCCCUGCCACAGUUUGACGAUAUAAACGCAGUUCCUCUGGCUGUGGACGAAGUACCUCCACUUCCACCUCCACCGAAAGUAACUUCAAUGCCAGCGCCGGCAACAGUCUCGGCGCCAACUCCAGCCAGAAAUCUAUCAGCCCCGGCCAUUACCCCCCAAGAAAAUAUCCCAAACAUUCAACCGCAACAGACUUUCCAGGCUCAGCAGCCGCCGCAACUGCCGCAACUGCCGCAACCGCAACAAUUUAUCAAGCCUGAAAAGGUCAAGGUCCUGGAUCAGCCACCUGCCAAGCUUGAGGUCAAGCUUCCACCCGCGACGCCGACGCCGAAGUCCAAUUCCCUCCAUCACAGGAUAUUCAAGUCAACCUGCAAAAGCAAUCUCCCCCCCAAGAAGCAACAAUUGAAGAAGCAACCAAGUCACCAGUCCAUAGAGAAGCCAGCAAAGUCUUCCAAGCCGCCUGUGGAUUAUCAAGUCUUGCUUCUAUCACUGGCAGACGAAUAUUUGAAUGCCGCACAUAGCCAUGGAACCACCUUGGCACUAUCUACCAGAAGGGAUGAUGUUGAGGAAUACUAUAAGCUAAUCUCUACCGGGCUAGGGUGUCUAGAGGCUGUUCUAAAGAACUGGAGACUACAGCCCCGCAAGGAAGCCUUGGUGAGACUUCGAUUUGCCCGGACAUUAUUCGAGGAAACGGAGAAUGACCUUGAAGCAGAGACUGCUUUGAGUAAAGGCAUUGAUCUCUGCGAACGAAAUCGCAUGUUAGAUUUGAAGUACAGCAUGCAACAUCUUUUGGCACGAAUGCUUCACAAGUCCAAUCCAAAAGCUUCUCUGAAAGCCGUCGAUGGAAUGAUCCAAGAUGUCGAGGCAUACCGACAUGCGGCCUGGGAGUAUGCAUUUCGCUUUCUUCGUGUCUCGCUCUCACUAUCCGCCCCUACGCAUCAGGAUUCCCUUCAAGCACUCCAGCAUCUCCAUAAGAUCGCGGCAAUGGCCAAUCGCAAUGGCGACAGAACCGUCGCGGCAAUGGCAGCAGUCAUCGAAGCGUUGGCGCAUCUCCAGCAAGGUGCCGGCUCUGAUGCAAUCGAACAAGCACAGCGUGCUAUAGCGAUCGCCCGGAGCCAUCAGCUAAAUGACGAACUUCGUAACAUCCCCCAGCUUUCAACUUUGAUACAGAUCGUCGAUAUUUGCUGCAGUUUACUUGAGUGCGAUGUGAACCAAUCGGCUGAAAAACUCAAGGUUAUGCAAGCCCUGGUGGACGAAACACUCAAUGACCCCAGCUGGCGCCCUGAUGGCUCGUUCUCCGUUCCCCUGAAUGGAAAAUCUGCCGGGCCAUCGUCAAUCGAUACUGGGGAUAUUCUGCAGGUUCAAAGUGGAACUUUACUUUUGAGUUUUAGUUGGCUUCCUCAGCAUGAUCUCUAUGCGCUUUCAUAUUUCUUGAGCUCCAUUACACUGAGUGCCAAGAACUCAUACGAUGGCCGAAAGGCGGAAAAGUUCCUCGAUGAAGGCAUUCGCAUGAUCGAAGGGGACUUUAAGACGCCACAGGAAAUCCCAGAGGCCAUGGUCAAUGCGGCAAGACGCGUUGAAUGGCGCCGGACUCUGUACUGCAACUUCCUUCUGCAACGGGUCUUCCUGGCUUGCUCUAGAACAGACUGGGAUUAUGCUAGUCAAACUCUCAAAUCCCUCCGCCAGGUGACCCAAGAACUCGGGCCCAGCCUUCCCAAAUCCAUUGAAUGUCUCAUGGAAUACGCCGCCGGCACCAUUUCCCAAGCGACGGGAGAUCUAGCAUCAGCCUUGACGAUCUUCCAGUCACCCUUAUUAACACUAUCGCCAUCCGCCAGCAAGAUCUCUCGCAAUGACCCCUACCGCGACAUCUGUAUUCUUUCCGCGCUAAACACAGUCCUCAUCAUUCGGGAUCCGACUCAUCCAGCACAUUCCCACCUCCCUGCUAUUUUGACUACGCUCGAGUCUUUCUGCCAACACAGUCCGAACAAGUACAUCCAAGCAGCUUACUUUUUGGUAUGCUCUACUGUGCACACAGACUCGACUAUACAAACAAAACAAUAUCUCCAACAGGCUCUGCAAUCCGCGACUGCUAUCAGCAAUAGUCAGAUCACAUGCAUGACGCUGACAUUCAUGAGCUGGAAAUAUUUCCGCGGCGUCGUGGGCGAACAGGCCGAAAAGAGCGCAAGGGCUGGUCGGGCCAUGGCGAAACGAGCAAAUCAUCGACUUUGGGCGAGUGUCACGGAUGAAAUGCUUGCUGAUACCCUCGAACGGCAGGGUAAAGGUGAAGAGGCUAGUAGUGUGCGUGAGGAGGGCCAACGACUGGUUAUGGGUCUUCCGCCUGGCUUGAAACGUUCAGUCUAG